GAAGAAAAAGGACACGCGAGCUCUUCAACAGUCCUCACAACAUCUCUCUCUGCGUGUGUUUGCUCAACUCACUUUUUUUUUCGUGUCUUGCCUGCUUCGCUUGAAGAAGUCGUUACAUGCCAGUUCUGCUUUCGACAUUUCAUUUUGUUUUACCACACUGCUAAAAACGUGAUUGUCCCCGAAGUUUCAAUCCGCUGUUACUUUAUUUUAUAUUAUUUUAUUGGUUUAGUUUUAACCUUUGCGACUUCUGAGUGGAACGACAACGCAAAGCGCUCCCGCGGACUGUGUCGCAUUUCCCGCCUUUUUUCUCGACCAAGAAGGCAGCUUUCCUCCCCCUUUAGCGUUGUAUUUGGCUUCUCUCCUGCUGCCAACAGCAGCCGGUCCGCACACCCACACGAAAAUGGGCAAGGAAGAUGAGAUGUUCAACAUCAUCUUCAAUAUGAAGUUUGCGUCGAAGCAGAUGAGCAAGAGCGCCGCGGCGUCGGAGAAGGCGUCGGAAAAAGAGAAGUUGAACGUGAAGAAAGCCCUCGAGAAGGGCAACCCCGAGGCAGCCCGCAUCUACGCUGAGAACGCAAUUCGGAAGCGCAAUGAGGCGCUGAACUAUUUGCGGCUGUCGUCGCGCCUGGAUGCCGCGGCGUCGCGCGUGCAGACGGCGAUGCAGAUGCAGACGGUCACCAAAACCAUGAAAACAUCGGUGAAGGGCAUGGAGAAGAUUCUCUCCUCGAUGGACCCGAUGCGGAUUGCGAAGGUGAUGGAUACCUUCGAGCAGCAGGUGGGGACCAUGGACGUGAACCUCGGUGUGAUGGAUGCAGCCUUCGUGAGCUCCUCGGCUGGCACGGUGCCCAUCGACCAGGUCGACUCCCUCAUGGAUCAGGUAGCGGCAGACAACAACAUUGACAUCAGCGAGAAGUUGGGCGGCGGAGUGCAGAGCAAGAUUUCGAUGCCGGCGCAGCACCAGCAGGUGGACGAGGACGAUAUCGCCGAGCGCCUCAAGAACCUCCAGGCUCUGUCGUAG